GAAGGGGAAAAGAAAGAUUUUCUUUCCCUUGUCAAUGGCACAGUUGCUUAGCUGUACACGGCUGGUGCUGUGCUCUUUCUGGUACUGCCUGUGAAACCCAAAGCCCUAAACCUUUGGGCUUUAGUGAAGCGCCAAGCUGACUGAAAGCAAAAGGCGGUGACGGAUGUUGGGGAAAGCAACAAGAGGCUAGACCUCAAGAAACCUUUGCUGGCUCAGAAAGAGGCAGGUGGGUGCUGCCAGUUUUUUCACCCCACUAAGAUCCCCACCCAGCUACUGAAGACUACCCUGCUGUUGGUGUCCAGACCCCCCCACCAUGGACUGAGGGGUGGGGCAUUGUCCGUACCUGAUCGCAGACCAGGAACAUCCGGAUCCCGUCAAAAAUCCUCACCCACUGGCACCCUGAAACACAUGACUGCCCUUGCCAGAGGGGAACAAUCUGCCCCACGACCCAGGCUGCAAUGGGUUGGUGGGAACCGCUCGGUGGUUUGAUUUUCUGGUUUCCUCUGCUGUUCUUGCUGUCCGGCGGACUGGCCCAGGGGCCUGGAGACACGGCCUCCCACGCAGACGGCGGGCACUGGUGGGUCGUGGGCAGCAGGCGGGUCCGUAGUUACCACCACCUGGAGGGAGACGUGCGCUGGAGGCGGCUCUUUUCCUCCACCCGUUUCUUCCUGCGGAUCGACGGCAACGGCAAAGUCGGAGGGACACGGAGGAAAGAGUGUCCAAACAGCAUCGUGGAGAUCCGCUCCGUCCGUGUGGGGAUUGUUGUGAUCCGGACAGUCCACAGUGGCUUCUACCUGGCAAUGAACAGGAAGGGGAAGAUCUACGGAACGAAAGCCUACAACCCCAACUGCACCUUUAAGGAGCGGAUCGAGGAGAACGGCUACAACACCUAUGCCUCGCUACGCUGGGACCACGAGGGGCGGCCAAUGUACCUGUCCCUCAACGGCCAGGGCAUCCCUAAGCGGGGGCCGAAGACACGCCGAGAGCACCCUUCCACCCAUUUCCUCCCCACGCUCCUCUCCUGACAUAGGGACAGCUGCCCAUCUUGGACGACUUGAUUAUAUGUAUAUUCUAUUUAAUGCUUUUGCCUUAUUUAUUGUUUUUGUUAUAAUAAAAUAAAAUUUAAAAGGAGGGAAGGAAGAACCAGGUUGAAUGUGAACCCGGUCCUGGAAAUGCUCCCCGAGA